GGGGGGCGCGCGCCGUGGCGAGCGCUUCCGGGAUGAGGGACAAAGCGGAGCCGGCGCGAGGCGGCCCGGGGCCGGCAGAUUGUACCCCCUCAGACCGGUGGAUUCCUGUGAAGAAGAACCCAGGGCGCCCGUCUCCCACCGUCGUGAAGGAUGAACCGUCAAGGCUCUUCGGAAAAGUGAACCCCCUGCGAGCUCCCCGGCCCUUCGGAUGCAGGAGCGCUGUUACUAAUUGUUAGCCGUAUUUAUUGAGCGCUUACUGCGUGCAGAGCACUGUACUAAGCGCUUGGGAGAGGACACUCUAACAUCGAACACAUCCCCUGCCCACAACGAGCUCACAGUCUAGAGGAUGUGAGUCCAGAGAGGGAUCCCUAAUGCUGCCGCUUUGUCACCCGUCCACUCCCUCUCCCAAUCGCCUGGGACUAGCAAAUGCAUCACAGAAUGAAUGAGAUGAACCUGAGUCCAGUGGGGAUGGAGCAGCUGACCUCAUCUUCCGUGAGCAAUGCCCUUCCAGUCUCGGGAAGUCACCUGGGGCUGGCCGCGUCACCCACUCACAAUGCCAUCCCUGCCCCAGGGCUGCCAGUGGCAAUUCCCAACCUGGGCCCCUCCUUAAGCUCCCUGCCCUCCGCCUUGUCUCUUAUGCUCCCGAUGGGUAUUGGGGACCGAGGGGUGAUGUGUGGUCUACCCGAGAGAAACUACACUCUACCUCCUCCACCUUACCCUCACCUGGAGAGCAGCUAUUUCAGACACAUUCUACCUGGCAUCUUGUCGUAUUUAGCGGACAGACCUCCUCCUCAGUACAUUCAUCCCAACUCGAUAAACGUCGAUAGCAACCCAGCCCUCUCGAUCUCUAGCAACCCUUCAGCACUAGAUCCCUACCAGUCCGGUGGGAACGUUGGCCUGGAAGCGGGGAUCGUCUCCAUAGAUUCUCGCUCCGUGAACACCCACGGGCCUCAGAGCCUCCAUCCCGGCGACAGUCACGAGGUGACGCUGGACACGACAAUCACCAUGGAGAGCGUCUCUAGGGUGACCAGCCCCAUCUCAACAGACGGGAUAGCCGAAGAGCUGACGAUGGACAGCGUGCCCGGAGAGCAUUCGCAGAUCCCCAGUGGCUCAAGAAGUCACGAACCUCUGUCGGUGGACCCUGUGGGCAACAAUCUGGCCUCGGACCCCGUGGGCCACGGUGGGGUCCUGCCCAUGCACGGGAACGGUUUGGAACUUCCCGUGGUCAUGGAGGCGGAUCACAUCGCCGGACGGGUUAACGGGCUCCCCGACGGCGCCCUGACCGACUCCAUCCACACCGUGGCCAUGAGCACCAACUCCGUGAGCGUGGCGCUCUCUACCUCACACAAUCUUGCCUCCCUGGAGGCCGUCUCCCUACACGAGGUUGGCCUCGGCCUCGAGCCCGUGGCGGUUUCCUCCAUCACCCCGGAGGUCGCCAUGGGGUCGGGCCACGUCGACGUGUCUUCGGAUAAUCUCGCUUUCGUACCGCCGUCCCUGCAGAUGGAGGAUUCCAACUCGAAUAAAGAGAACAUGGCGACCUUGUUUACGAUAUGGUGUACCCUCUGCGACCGGGCCUACCCAUCAGACUGCCCGGAUCACGGGCCGGUGACUUUCGUUCCAGACACCCCGAUCGAGAGCCGAGCCAGGCUCUCCCUCCCCAAGCAGCUCGUUCUGCGGCAGUCUCUCAUGGGAGCCGAUGUCGGUGUGUGGACUGGGGAAACCAUUCCUGUGCGAACUUGCUUUGGGCCUCUGAUUGGACAGCAGAGUCACUCCAUGGAAGUAGCAGACUGGACAGAUAAAGCCGCUAACCAUAUCUGGAAGAUGUACCACAAUGGCGUCUUGGAGUUUUACAUCAUCACGACUGACGAAAAUGAAUGUAACUGGAUGAUGUUCGUGCGCAAAGCCAGGAACCGGGAAGAGCAGAAUCUCGUCGCUUAUCCCCACGAUGGAAAAAUAUACUUCUGCACCUCCCAGGAUAUCCCUCCUGAAAAUGAACUGCUCUUUUACUACAGCCGGGACUACGCCCAGCAGAUUGGUGUCCCAGAACACCCAGACGUGCACAUCUGUAACUGUGGCAAAGAGUGCAAUUCUUACACGGAGUUCAAGGCUCACUUGAACAGCCACAUCCACAAUCACCUGCCCAGCCAGGGCCCCACCAGCGGCCACGGGCCAAGCCACAACAAAGAAAGGAAGUGGAAAUGCUCGAUGUGCCCGCAAGCCUUCAUCUCCCCUUCAAAACUCCACGUCCAUUUCAUGGGCCACAUGGGCAUGAAGCCCCACAAGUGUGAUUUCUGCAGCAAGGCGUUCAGUGAUCCCAGCAACCUGCGGACGCACCUGAAGAUCCACACAGGUCAGAAGAACUACCGCUGUGCUCUGUGUGACAAGUCCUUCACCCAAAAGGCUCACCUGGAGUCCCACAUGGUCAUCCACACCGGGGAGAAGAACCUGAAGUGCGAUUACUGCGACAAGCUGUUCAUGCGACGGCAGGACCUCAAGCAGCACGUGCUCACCCACACCCAAGAACGCCAGAUCAAAUGUCCCAAGUGUGAGAAACUCUUCCUGAGGACAAAUCAUUUAAAAAAGCACCUCAACUCUCACGAAGGAAAGCGGGAUUACGUCUGUGAAAAAUGCUCGAAGGCUUAUCUGACCAAAUAUCACCUCACCCGCCAUCUGAAAAUCUGCAAAGGCCCCGCAUCUAGCCUGUCUGCCCAGGAGGAAGAGGAGGAGGAAGAUUCAGAAGAGGAGGAAUCACCAGACUCUGCGGGGACCGAAGACUGUAGGAUCACCAGCGGUGCGUACGCAGCAGAGGACUCCCUCUCUGGGCAUAAAUAAGGAAGAAAUAUUUUAGAUGUAAAUGAUGAAAAAAGAUACCAAGGAUAAUUUGUGACCCGCCAUCACCUCCUUAUAUGCAGGUCGGAUUUCCAGCCUACAGCCCAAACAUUCUGAAGAGGAAUGGAUAAAGCACUUAAGUGUUCGUAGGGAAACGCUUCUAUAAUGAAAACAGUUCAUAAAGAUGAGGGGACAGAAAAGCAUGCACUUCAUUUUGAGUCUUAGUAGUAUGCCGGGAGCGGGGCAAGUUCAUGAGGUUCACAGGUCUAACCUAAGUGCGACAGAGGAAUUCCUCUGAAUGCUUCGAAAGAACCAAACUCAGGGCUAGCGCUAGGGAGCGGGUGAAACUGGACUGUCCAUUCCAGGGUCGGGCCCGGACCGCUUCCAUUAAGGGGAGGGACUGGAGUCGAACGAGAACGCCGUCGUGUCGGUCCGGUAAUUCUGCUUUUCCCGGUUGACGCCACCGAGCUUGGGGAUUUCCGACUUGCGGUCCCGUGACUAGCAGCUGCAGGUUACCGCCUGCCCCUCAAAAGGGCCCCGGGCAGACAUACUACAAAUUACAACUCUUUCUCCCAGCCCGCAGGAACUCCUUCCAUUUAAGUCAUGUAGGUGCGGUCAUCCUGCUGCCUCAUUAGCCUGUCACGUGAUCAGGGGGUGGUUUCCGGCAGUCUCGGGGUGCGAAUCUGAGGCCGUGGCAUCUAGCACAUAGUUAAAAGCAGUUCCCCUUUCGUGGCCCUGAGCCUGCCCCACUCCAGGACACGUGCAGAGCCCUGGCCAGAGGCUGAGCUUGUAGAUCGUGCCUCACGUAUAGAAGGAGCAGGAAGAAAGCAGGCUCUGACUCUGAAGACGGGAACAGUGUGGGGGAGGAAAGUGGAAAGGCUGUGGACGACACCGAUUGGCAGGGAGGCUGUUGUGAGUCGGGACCCCGUCGCGUCUGGGACCCCGGCCUCUCACCUGGAAACUGGGUGAACCCACUGCGAUUCUAAUUUAAAACCCCAACCGACACUGUCCGAGGUAAAGCGUCACCAUACCUGGCAGGGCAGGAGGAGGAUUAAUCUGGGCCAGAGUCAACAGAAUAGUUAUCGGGUAUCCCGUCCGCUGCAACUUGCUUUCUUUUUUGAGCACUGUGAAGGAAAGUGAAAUGUCUUUUUUUUUUUUUUUUAAGGUGAGCAGCCUUAGCUCUGAAAUGUCAGGCCACUCUUAAAUGAGUUGCACCCUCCCCGUCCAGGUAACUAACCCACGAUAGGUUUACCUGGGCUUCUUUCUUCAAAAGUGUUUUUUCUUUUUUCCACCGUUCACAAAAGGUUCAGUAGUUUCCGGACAGGGCUCCUCAAAUUUUUUUAACACAGAUGUGGAAGCUGACCCUGUUGGAAACGAACAGCCAGACCUUUGCUCCUUGGCUGCCACUCAGCGUGGCAGGUUGCGGUGAACCUCACGGACCUCAUCUCUUUCCAGUUUCCACAUCAGGAGCUGGGCCGAUCCCAGUUCCCAUCUCUGCACGGACUCGGAGUCUAAAAGGCCGAUUUGGCUCCCACGAUGAAUCAGACAGACACAAGUAAGCCAACAAUGUUCACGUUCGUGGAAAGCCACAAUUUUCUGGGCUGCGAGUGGAGGUGUCACUGGUGGGAAGAUAUUGCUGCUAAUAUAUUUAUGGAAUGAAUGUAUUUCAUUCAAAUCUGUAUUCCUCUAGGAAAAAUUAAAAUGCAUUUUUAAAAAGA